UCCGCUGCGACCACUUCGACAUCACCUUGCCCCUGCUGUUGGAACUCCAACUUCUUUAUAAGCCCAACCAACAACCAUCAAUCUCUUCCCGACUCGGUUUUCACAACCACCAACAUCCACACGACAUAUCAUAUAACCACACAACACAGACAAACACCAUGUCGCAACACCCACGAGGGCGCGAAGAGCGCAUGAUCCACCAGGAUUACAUCGCCAGAAUCCGAUAUUCCAAUGCUCUACCACCCCCGCCUAAUCCGCCCAAGCUGCUCAACAUCCCCAGCACGGGUCUAUCGAGCGGCCAAUAUACCAAUCCUGGCUUUGCUUCGCGGCUUGCGCGUGAGCAGCCCCUAAAUAUCGAGGUUGAUGCCGAGCUCGGUAUGCCUCUAGACCUGGUCGGCAUGCCAGGUGUCUUUGACGGCAACGAGGAUGCCAUCUCCGCACAGAACCCUCCGCCACCUAUUCAUCCACACGAUCGUCUUCUCCUCAGACCACUCAACACACUCGGCAAGCCCAAGAUCGGCACCGAGUCGGUAUCUUUCCUCCGCCGCACCGAAUAUAUCGCCUCAGUACAAGUCAAGAGGGACAAUGUCUUCCUCAACAACCGCUCUUCCAACUCCAACAAGGACAACGCCCUCAAGCGACCUCAGAAACGCAAGGCCUCCCCCGAACCUGACAAGGGCACUCCCGCCUGGAUCCGUCGCCGUAUUGAGAAGAGCUUCGAUAUCGCCGCAGCCAACCUGGCCGACAAGACCAAGAUCAAGCACCCGACCAAGCGCAACGUCAAAUGCAUCGAUGCUUUCCCUCUACUCCCCGAUACCACGGCGUUCCCCGAUUCUGGUGCUUAUGUGACGGUCAAGUUCACCACCAACCCCGUCAACUCGAGCGACAAGUAUGACCCUCGUAUGCUUGCGGGCAUCUUGAAGCCCAUUGAGCGGAGUGAGGCCGAAGAACAAGCCUUCCAGCUGGCGCAAGAGCUACACAACGAAGAUCCACAGAACCACCCUGCUCCUAGUUCCAUGAUGAACUACAACCUCUUCCUUCCCUCGGAUGCCAAGGAAAGCAAUCUUUUCCGCGCGAGAUUCGACGUCGACAACCCGGACCGCGACUCCGAGGGCCUAUACUCACACAAAGACGGCAAGGGCCCGCACUUUGUGUUCCCCCGCCUGCGCCCCUAUGAAACCUCGGCCGAAACCGAGUACGAUCACGACACGAAAUACAACGGCGAAGUUAUUCUGGCCUUCCGCGACGACGUGGGAGAGGGCGACAGCACCACCGAUCAGAGGGGCAUGUACUACUACCCCAUCAUGCAGCGCAGCACCCUCCGGAACCAGCGCACUCGCAACAUUGCGCGUACGAUAGGCAAUGGUGCCGACGACAGCGAGAGGUUCCCUGACGAGUUGCACGUAACGAUCGAUGAGCCGCAUGAGGGUCUCAAGGCUGAUAUCAAGCAAUUCGAGCUUAACCCGAUCGGAUACUCUGGUGUCAGCGAGGAGUACCAAGAGGAGCAGCAGGAGGGGCAACCGGAGCAGCGUCACGAAGAGGAGGAUGAUAGGCGAAAUGAGAGAGGUGCUUCCGAGGGAGCGGAUAGUCCCCGCCGCCACACGGAUGACGAGGACGAGUACUAGACGGCUCGUCACUAUCAUCUUCUUGGCCGUUCCGUUGACCUCCCCGACUUCUCCGAACGUUCUGGGCUUUGUAUGAUGUCCGAUCCAAUUAUACCAACUGGGUCUCCCUUAUCUGAUCAUUCACAUACACGCUCUGAACCUGCAUGUCUUGCGUCUUCACCUUGCCCUGAUGAAUUAUUCAGCCUGCCGUUACACGACAGUUCCGAGGCCGAGGAGAUGACCAUGAGCGACUGGGAAGCGGAGAUUCGGUGGAGAAAAAGUCAAAAGAGAGAGACGAGU